CACCUGCAAAAGAGCAACAGAAUCCAGAAAAACCUGUUUCUUUUUUUUCUUAAAUCUCGUCAUGCUGAGAUAAUCUAGGCUGUACUCCAUUUUUAUGUUAUAACACAUUCGUCAAAGCAGAAACAGGACAGAACAGUCUGUCAAACAAGCACACAAAGAAGAAGCCGACUUGGCUUCUUCUUUCGUGGCGCUGCUGUUGCUGCUUGAGCAGGGAAUGUUCUCCUCAUUCCCUCCACCCUCUGGGCCGUUGGACAGGGUUUUCCAAUACAUUGACCUCCACCAGGAUGAAUUUGUACAGACACUCAAGGAGUGGGUGGCCGUUGAGAGUGACUCUGUUCAGCCUGUGCCUCGUUUUAGACAAGAACUCUUCCGGAUGAUGGCUAUGGCUGCGGACAAGCUUCAGCGUCUGGGAGCUGGAGUGGAUUCUGUGGACUUGGGUUCUCAGCAGCUGCCUGAUGGCCAGAGUCUUCCCAUACCUCCCGUCAUACUGGCUCAGCUGGGGAAUGAUCCAAAGAAAACCACUGUGUGCUUCUAUGGGCACCUGGAUGUGCAGUCUGCUCAGCAGGACGACGGGUGGCUCACGGAUCCUUACACACUGACAGAGGUGGAUGGAAAGCUGUAUGGACGAGGAGCAACAGACAACAAAGGCCCAGUCUUAGCUUGGAUUAAUGCUGUGAGCACCUUCAGAGCCCUGGAGCAAGAUCUCCCGGUGAAUAUCAAGUUCAUUCUGGAAGGGAUGGAAGAAGCUGGUUCUGUUGCCUUAGAGGAACUUAUCAGAAAAGAGAAGGACCGGUUCUUCUCCAGUGUGGACUACCUUGUGAUCUCAGAUAAUCUAUGGCUUAGCAGAAAGAAGCCUGCACUCACUUACGGAACCCGAGGGAACAGCUACUUCAUGGUGGAGGUGAAAUGCAGAGAUCAAGAUCUUCAUUCAGGAACCUUUGGUGGUAUCCUUAAUGAACCAAUGGCUGACUUGGUUGCUCUUCUCGGUAGCCUGGUGGAUUCAUCAGGUCAUAUCCUGAUACCUGGAAUCUAUGACCAAGUGGCUCCUAUUACAGAGGAGGAAAAAAAAAUGUAUGAAGCCAUUGAUUUGGACCUUGAGCAAUAUCAGAAUAGCAGUCAGGUUGAGAAAUUUCUGUUUGAUACAAAGGAGGAAAUUCUAAUGCACCUAUGGAGGUACCCGUCUCUUUCUAUUCAUGGGAUUGAAGGUGCAUUUGAUGAACCUGGAAUUAAAACAGUCAUACCUGGCCGGGUUACAGGAAAAUUCUCAAUCCGUCUAGUCCCUCACAUGAAUAUGUCUGUGGUGGAAAAACAGGUAAAGCAGCAUCUUGAAGAUGUAUUCUCCAAAAGAAAUAGUUCCAACCAGAUGGCUAUUUCUAUGGUAGUAGGAGUCCAGCCAUGGAUUGCAAAUAUUAAUGAUACUCAGUACCUUGCAGCAAAAAGAGCCAUCAGAACAGUGUUUGGAACAGAACCUGAUAUGAUCCAAGACGGGUCAAGCAUUCCUAUCGCCAAAAUAUUCCAAGACAUUAUUCAAAAGAGUGUGAUGAUGCUUCCACUGGGGGCUGUUGAUGAUGGGGAGCACUCUCAGAAUGAGAAGAUCAACAGGUGGAACUACAUAGAGGGGUCCAAGUUAUUUGCUGCCUUUUUCUUGGAGAUGGCUAAACUACAUUAAUGACAGAUGACAGGAACCUUCCAGAUGGAUAUGAUCCACUGACAGACCCCCCUCCACCAUGCCCCCAGACCGAUGGAAUCUAAAUAUCCAGAGAAUGUUGCUCUAACAAGGAGUGUUUUCACCUCAUUUAAAAUGGCUUGGGACAUUUGGACCAAUAAUAAAAUGUUUUAAAGGCACGAACAUUGGAAAUGAUUUAACAUCCUCUGCUGCUCAGUUUCCUAAAGUCGUAGCUACCUUCUUCUUGACUCCCUUGAAUCUCAGGCAGUACUCUCAGGAUUGAAUUCGGUCUAAUCUUCAAGUUCAUGUAGAACAAUUCUUUAGUUGGCUGGACCCUCACCUUGUAAUUUGAUGGCCACACCUCUCUGGUUUUUGUUCUAGCUCCUGAAACUCCCAUGAUGGAGAUCACUUCACCCAGUGACUACUAGGGAUUACAUCACCUUUACCUCUACCAUGUUUUCCUUUUACCUUAUUAAUAAAAGUGUUGGUCCCCACCACUGACUA